CAGUAACCACGAAAUCCGUAUCGAGGGCUCGGCUGCCCCCCGGAGCCCUCUCCCCCCGCUCCGCCCGUCUCCACGCUGCAGCUGCAGCCGCGGGCGCCUUGUGCGGCUGCGGCGGGAGGGCGGGGAGGGGCUGCGCAGCCCCGCAGCCCGCGCGGGAAGCCUGUCAGCGCCGGGCUCGGACGCGGAGGCUUCGCCUUGGCUCCCUGCGCCGCCUGCAGGAAGGCGCGGCGGGUGGGUCGGGGGAAGGAGCGGAGCGGAGCGGAGCGGAGCCUCCCCCGGGGGUGGGCAGCGCGGCUCCGCCGUCGGCCCAUGCCUCGGCGUGCGCAGUGAGCGCGGCCCGGCGGGCAGAGAGCCGCAGAGCGGCGGCGGCGGGCGGCCUGGCCAUGUCGGAGACGGAGAGCAGCGCUGCAGAUGCAGUUUCCACAUCUGCUUACUCGUCACCAGCCAAAAGUUUGGGAGACCCUGGAAUAACGCCACUGUCUCCAUCACAUAUUGUGAAGGACUCUGAUGCAGAUGUUGCUGUGGAGCAGUUAUUUCUUGUUGUUGUGGCUAUUGAUUUUGGCACGACAUCCAGUGGCUACGCCUACAGCUUCACCAAGGAACCGGAAUGUAUUCAUGUAAUGAGACGAUGGGAAGGUGGAGAUCCAGGCGUAUCCAAUCAGAAGACACCAACUACUAUCCUCUUAACACCAGAAAGAAAGUUUCAUAGCUUCGGAUAUGCAGCAAGAGAUUUCUACCAUGACUUGGAUCCGAAUGAGUCAAAGCAUUGGUUGUAUUUUGAAAAGUUUAAGAUGAAGCUACAUACCACUGGUAAUCUUACCAUGGAGACAGACCUGACAGCUGCAAAUGGCAAAAAAGUCAAAGCACUUGAGAUAUUUGCUUACGCCCUGCAAUUCUUUAAGGAACAGGCAUUAAAGGAGCUCAGUGACCAAGCAGGCUCAGACUUUGAAAACUCUGAAGUAAGAUGGGUCAUUACAGUGCCUGCUAUUUGGAAGCAGCCUGCAAAGCAGUUUAUGAGACAAGCUGCCUACAAGGCGGGAAUGGCAACUCCUGAAAAUCCUGAACAGUUGAUCAUUGCCCUGGAACCUGAGGCUGCCUCUAUCUACUGCCGAAAACUUCGCCUUCACCAGAUGAUAGACCUGAGUAGUAGGGCGCCUGUCAAUGGUUAUAGCCCAAGUGACACAGUUGGAACUGGAUUUACACAGGCUAAGGAACAUGUCCGUCGUAAUCGACAGAGUCGCACCUUUUUGGUGGAAAAUGUCAUAGGAGAGAUCUGGUCUGAACUGGAAGAAGGUGAUCGUUACAUCGUCGUUGACAGUGGAGGAGGCACAGUGGAUAUGACUGUUCAUCAGAUCAGGCUCCCUGAAGGGCAUCUUAAGGAACUGUACAAGGCAACAGGUGGGCCAUAUGGUUCUUUAGGCGUGGACUAUGAAUUUGAAAAGCUCCUGUGUAAAAUAUUUGGAGAAGAUUUUAUUGAACAAUUUAAAAUCAAGCGUCCUGCUGCCUGGGUAGAUCUGAUGAUAGCAUUUGAGUCCCGUAAAAGGGCAGCAGCUCCAGACAGGACCAAUCCACUGAACAUUACUCUGCCUUUCUCCUUCAUUGACUAUUACAAGAAGUUUCGAGGUCACAGUGUAGAACAUGCCUUGAGGAAAAGCAAUGUGGAUUUUGUGAAGUGGUCCUCCCAGGGAAUGCUGAGGAUGAGCCCCGAUGCAAUGAAUGCUCUUUUCAAACCUACAAUCGACCAGAUUGUUCAGCACCUUAGUGAUGUGUUUGAUAAACCAGAAGUGACCAAUGUCAAGUUUCUGUUUCUGGUGGGUGGCUUUGCUGAAUCCCCCUUACUUCAGCAAGCUGUCCAGAGUGCUUUUGGUUCCAGAUGUCGAGUCAUCAUUCCUCAGGAUGUGGGGCUUACUAUACUCAAAGGAGCUGUCCUUUUUGGUCUGGAUCCCGCUGUCAUCAAAGUGCGGCGUUCCCCUCUUACCUACGGUGUUGGGGUGCUGAAUCGAUUUGUAGAAGGGAAGCAUCCACCAGAAAAGCUGCUAAUCAAAGAUGGCACACGCUGGUGCACUGAUGUUUUUGACAAAUUUAUCUCAGCUGACCAAUCUGUAGCCCUUGGAGAAACUGUGACGCGCAGUUACACACCUGCGAAACCUUCUCAGUUAGUAAUAGUGAUCAAUAUCUACAGCUCAGAACAAGAUAAUGUCAGUUUCAUCACUGAAUCUGGAGUGAAAAAGUGUGGCACCCUUCGCCUGGAUCUCACGGGAACUGAUGCUUCAGUGCCAAACCGACGGGAGAUCAAAACAGUCAUGCAGUUUGGGGACACUGAAAUCAAAGCCAUAGCCAUUGAUGUUGCCACCUCUAAAAGUGUCAAAGUUGGUAUUGAUUUCUUAAACUACUAGCAGUCCAUUUUCCCCACCAUGGCCUGUUUGUGAGACUGUUCUUCCACUAUUUCAUUUUUUGACUUUCAUAUAUCAUGUAAUCAACUUGAAUUUCAGCAGGCUAGAUGAGAACAGCCAGUAGGUAGGGAUAUGUCAUAUUUGUGACCUUGGAUGACCAAAUGCUGGAUCUUAAAAGACCCUUUAAAAGUUUGGGGAGCAAAAGUUCCAGAGGUAGUAAAAGUUCCUGAGUUGCUCAAGCAUGCUUAAAGCCCCACCUUUUUUAAGUAAUACUGAUUGUUGUUGGGUGUUAAAGAUUAGUUAAAAAAUACAAAAUUAUUAUGUCUUCAUUGUGCCCUUCUUCCUUUUCUUCCUCCCAAGAAACACUCACCAAUUCACAGGGUGGUUGUAGGGAUUAUCUGUUUGAACAGCACCAUCCUCUGAAAAAAUUACUAGCUUACAGUCUUCUUUUGUUCUCUUGAUUUUGCCCUGUACUUUGAAAAUUUUAAGUGCUGAAAGCCAUGUACUUAACCAAAUAGAAACUGAGUUUCUUAAUUUCUGAGAUUCCACUGAAAAUAAAAUCCUUGAAAUCCUUAAAUUUAGAUUUAAAAUAUAUAUACAUAUUGGGAGCCUAAUAUUAACUGCUCUAAUUUGAAAAUAAAGCCUUUGUUGUUAACAGCUCUUCGAGCUAGCUUUGGAACUGAACAGCUAGCACUGCUCUCAUUUACACUUUGGAAAAUUAUUAAGAACACAGCUAUUUUCAUUUUAAGGCUAUUUUAAACUUACUUUUAUUAGUCUCCAUCUGAAAUCACAGAAUCACAUAAUAGCUGAGGCUGGAGGGGACCUCCAUAGAUCAACUAGUUCAACCCACCUGCUCAAAGCGAGGUCAACUAGAGCUGGUUGUUCUGGACACCGCCCAGUUGGGUUUUGAGUAUCACCAGAGUUGGAGACUCCACAGCCUUUCUAGGUAACCUGUUCCAGUGUUUGACCACUCUCACCAAAAAAAGUUUUGUUUAAAUGGAAUUUCUUGUAUUUCAGUUUGUGCCCAUUGCCUCUUGUUCUGUUCACUGGAUACCACUGAGAAGACUCUGUCUCCAUCUUCUUUACUCCCUUUUAUGAGGCAUUUAUACACACUGGUAAGAUCCCCCCAAGCCUUCUCUUCUCCAGGGUAAACAGUCCCAGCUCUCUCAGCUUCUCCUUGUGUGUCACAUGCUCUAGUCCCGUAAUCAAUUUUGUGGCCCUUUGUUGAACUUACUCCAGUAGGUCCAUGUCUCUCUUUUACUAGGGGGGCCAGCUGGACCCAGAACUCCAGAUGUGGCCUCAACAGUGCUCCUCAACAGAGGAGAGGGAAAGUAUCACCUCCUUCAACACGCUGGCAGUGCUGUUCCUAAUGCAGCCCAGGAUGCUGUUAGCCUUCUUUCCUGCAAGGACAGAAAUGUUGCUGGCUCAUGUUCAACUUGCUACCAAGACCCCCAGGACCUUCUCUGCCAAGAUGCUUUCCAGUCAGUCAGCCCCUGGCCCACAGUGGUGCAUUGGGUUUUUCCUCCCGAGAUGCAGGACUUUGCACUUCCCUUUGUUGAACUUAAUGAGGUUCCUCUCUGCUCAUUUCUCCAGCCGCCCUUUGAAUGGCAGCACACCCAUCUGGUCUAUCAACCACUUCUCCCAGUGGUUAUACUUGUUAAUCUCUGUGUUAAUUAUUGGAAAUACAGUUAGCUAAUGGCUGUCCAGGAAGUUUUAAACAACUUAAAAGGGAGAAAAUGUCCAGAUCAAAAGUAUCAUAGUUUAUUUUGAGUAGCAAACAUUUUAAUAAUGGAAAAUAUAUUUCCGUGUUGAGUUUAACGUGCAUUAAAGUGGAAGACAGAGGCCCAAAGCACGAAACUACAAGUAGUAUUAAGUAGAUAAAGCAUUCCUUACGUGGCUGGGAGCACACAACUAUACUACAGGGGAAGUACAAUGAUGGUCACGGUAACAUCUUGCUUACCAAAUAAUAACUUUCUAGAAAUAUUUUCUUACGCAUGUUCACCUGGAGAAUUUCUUCUGCAAAUGGCACAGUUUUUAUUUUGCAAAAUCCUACGAGUGGGUAACUUGUGAAACCUUGGAUCUGUAUCUGCCACGAACCAACAACUUAUAAUGCAAAUCCAAAUCCCCAUUCAAAUUUUCAGACUGAUAUUAAUCUAUAGAAUCACCCUAAAAAUGCCGACACUUCCAAAGCUUUUACACAGAGCUGAUUACCUGCUGGAAUUCAUUACAUUUUUGAAACUUUGCAGUGUUAAUUGUUAAACUAAAGCUUCCUUUCUAAUAAGUUGAGCAUGAGUUAAAGCCAUUACUGACACUUUUGGGAAAUGAAAGCUUUAUCGAUUGUUUCACUAAUUUACAUUCCAAUCCUGCACUUCAGAUUUCUGUGUUUAACCUAGAGUUUUGCCACAGCAAAGAGUGCAGAACUGGCUGGCUGCAUUUUGCUCUUGAAUUUUGUGUCUCCUGCAGAAUUCUUGAGUAAAUGUAAAAAGAAAUCUGGUUUGCAUUCAGUUAAUUAAAAAAAAAAAAAAGACUAUGGAGAAUGCUAGUCACUGUAUCUGGCUGGAUACUUUCUGUAAUUACAAAGUGUGCUUGCUAGCAUUCAGUUUCCUGCUGCCUGCUAACUGCUUUAAAAGCUAAAUAUUAGAAUUUUUUGUGUGUUGCUUUCCAUGGUUUACAAACAAGAGAAAUUUUAAGAUGAGUUAUGAACAAUAUAAUUUCAUGUAUAUAUAAUAUUUAAAUAUUGUACAGACUCUCUCUUUCAACAGUGCUAUUUUCUUGUAUAAAAAUGUUCUUUGCCUCUGUUGAUUUCUUUCAGCUGUUAAUUUUAAAUAACAUAGUUUUUCAAUCAGCUUCUGUAAUUAUAGGCUUUUAAAGAUGGUAAGAUAUGAAAUGUAAAAGGCUGAUCUUACAGUAAUAGGACAGAAAUGUUGGUGUGUCAGAGAAUACAACAUUCUUCCUGCAAUGCAAGUCAUACCAGUUAAGCAUAUUACAUGGAUGCACUAGUAUGUGCAUGGUGGGAUUUUCAUUUCUUUGUUUCAAAUGGUCACCCUUCAUUUCUAACAGUUCAUCAUAAUAAUGGAUGAAUCCUCCUGUAAAAUCAUGUUAAAAUUUAGAGUGUAUUAUCUGGAUAUACAGCUUCAACAGUUUUUUUUUUUAAAGGAUCUUCUCUGGUUAAAAAAAAAAUACUUGCCGAAGCCAGGCAACACUGAUUUAUCGUAGCUGCAGGUCAGACGCAGUAGAGACUACUGCUCUACUAGUGCCCACACACAAAGUUCAUACAGAAAAGCAGGCUUCACUAUGUUUGCAUUUCACUGAAUGGGUCUGAUUGUGCACAGACUUGUUUCCAGUACUUUUGUGGCCUUACUUGGUCUAGUAAAAUCUUGGUUACGUGGCUGCAACCCCCCCACUAAGAGGAGGCCCACUACAGAUCAUGUGGCUUAUGAUUUUUGUGCUGUUUUCAGCCUUUUUGCAGUGAGCAGUAACAGUAGUUUCUGCAGCUCUUCAGAAGUGUAGUUUUUGAACAGUAGUGUUUUUCUGCACUUUUGUAUUCACCUUUUAUAAGAUUCUAUGUGGAUCCAAGCAGGGUUUUGUUAAUUAAAUGAUUCUGCUGUAACUAUAAAAUGUGAAGAUUUUGCGUAUUUUUGCACUUCCUCAUUAUCAAGCUUAUCUUUGCAGUACAGGGAACUAUUGAGCAAACUCCCACCUGACCUCAUUGCCUCUUUAAACCCAAGAGUGGAAAAUUACCUUGUCUCUCUAGUGAAUUAGAAUAAGAAAGUAGAAUAUUAUGCUAUGGUCUGUAGUCUAUAGCCCUUUUGAACAACUUUACAUGGUAAGUGGUGUAUGGAUGCCCAUUUUAAUAGUGAAGGUUGUUAGGCUAUAAAACUAGUAUGAAAUUUAUUAGGAAAUGAGUCAUUUUUAGAAUAGUAAUUCUGUAACUUUAGCAGGAUAUUCCCUGCAGAGCAUUUUUUCCGUAGGGAUUUCAGAUGGCAUUGCGCAGCGUAAGUGUUGAAAAGGCAUGCUAUCCUUAGGCAAAACAGGCAGCCUUGACAGAAGUUUUUCUUAAGCAGCAACUUGCAAGUGUGGGUCAUACAUAGCUCCAGGCUGAAAGUUAGCAGCUAAUUGUGAUAGAAUGACUAAUUGUACUAGAAUCUGAUAAAUGUGCAGUGAUGGUUACAACAGGUAAUAUUGGUAUAUUUAUACCACUGUAUAUAUAUACAGGAGUUUUAAUGCAUUAUUAUGAGAAGGCUAAUUGUAUAUUGCAGAGAUUUAAUCGCCAAGAUAGGCUGCAUAUUUAUAAUACGAAGUGGCUUAAGCGGCUGAAUAGUAUAAAAGUUGUUGGGCAUAAUGUCAUAGUACUCACCUGCUUAAAAUAGUCUUAAACUAUAUUAUAAAACCAACCAUUGUGGUCUUGUUCACCUCUGUGCAAGAUAAGUUCAGAUUUCACUGAUGUUUGGAGCUGUUCACAACUUGUCUGGAUUGUAUCUGAGUGUUCUUGUGUCUUCAAACAUAUCAAAUAAAAUACAAUAAAACUAAA